GCAGACGGAGCAGCUGAGGAUGGAGCAGAGAGGAACAAGCGCCACCGCUGUCUCACAUCGCGGUCAGACGUCUCUGAAAUAUCCCUUCAACAAUUAAGGACCUCCCUUUAAUUUACACCCAGACUGCGGCUUAUUUCUCUCUCUCUUUUCAUAUUAAUUUCGCCGCUGACAUCUUCUCAGCAGUCCACUCCUCUCCAUCUGUGUGGCAGCACACCCCGGCUUCCACUGUCUGUCAGCGUGGAAAGCGAAGAAGGAGCCCGUUGAAAAACACUUGAAAUCCAUUUUCCGCGAGGUUUUUUAGCAGGAUACACCUUCCCGCCGGACUGUCCUGCCACAGCUACAGUCAAUAUGGAUGAAGACAAUCACGUUCCUGAGGAUCUGUCCCUGGAAGAGAGGGAUGAGCUGUCAAACAUCCGACGCAGGAAGAGAGAGCUGCUCGAUGAUAUUGAGAGGUUGAAGUUUGAGAUAGCAGAGGUCAUGACGGAGAUCGAGCAGCUGACCUGUGUAGGGGAAAGUAAAACAUCCCAGAGAAACAAACAGAUCGCCAUGGGCAGGAAGAAAUUCAACAUGGAUCCAAAGAAGGGAAUCCAGUUCUUGCUGGAGAACGACCUCCUGCAGCACACUCCCGAAGACAUCGCGCAGUUCCUCUAUAAGGGCGAGGGACUCAACAAGACCGUCAUCGGAGACUACUUGGGCGAGCGGGAUGACUUCAACAUCAAGGUGCUGCAAGCUUUUGUGGAGCUACACGAGUUUGCAGACCUCAAUCUGGUCCAAGCACUACGGCAGUUCCUGUGGAGUUUCCGUUUGCCAGGUGAAGCCCAGAAGAUCGACCGCAUGAUGGAGGCGUUUGCCUCGCGGUACUGCCAGUGCAACGCUGGAGUCUUCCAGUCGACAGAUACCUGCUACGUGCUGUCAUUUGCUAUCAUCAUGCUGAACACCAGCCUCCAUAACCCCAACGUCAGAGACAAGCCCCCUGUGGAGCGCUUUAUCUCCAUGAACAGAGGCAUCAACGAAGGAGGAGAUCUGCCUGAGGAGCUUCUCAGGAACCUUUACGACAGCAUCAAAAAUGAGCCCUUCAAAAUCCCAGAGGACGACGGGAAUGAUCUGACGCACACAUUCUUCAACCCCGACAGAGAAGGCUGGCUCCUAAAGCUCGGCGGCAGGGUGAAGACGUGGAAGAGGCGGUGGUUCAUUCUGACAGACAACUGCCUCUAUUACUUUGAAUACACAACAGAUAAAGAGCCACGUGGGAUUAUUCCUCUGGAGAACCUCAGUAUCAGAGAGGUGGACGAGCCCAGAAAACCUAACUGCUUCGAGCUCUACAACCCCAACCACAAAGGUCAGGUCAUCAAGGCCUGCAAGACAGAAGCGGACGGGCGCGUUGUCGAGGGCAACCACGUGGUUUACAGGAUAUCGGCCCCCACGCCGGAGGAGAAGGAAGAGUGGAUCAAAUCCAUCAAAGCAAGCAUCAGCAGGGACCCUUUCUAUGACAUGCUGGCCACCAGGAAGCGGAGGAUAGCCAAUAAAAAAUGAUGCCCGUCCACCUUCAACCACACCUUCCUCGAACACCAUGGCUGUGACCAGCAGAGUCCUUGUGUGUGUGUGUAUGUGUGUUUUGUCACGGGGGGAGUCAUGAAGGGUCCCCCCCCCGUUGUUUUAGGGCUGGAGGACGAGCAGCACACACAGGUGGGAGUUUUUUUUCGGGACUGAAAUGGAUCAAUGUUAUAUCCGCGUGAAGAGGGUCUGCAUCUGUUCUUGGUUGAUGUGAAGGUUUUACAUCGGGCACAGACUCUGAACGCUUGCCAUGUGCCAUUUGGGUGAGACCUUAUGAGGGAAGGAGGCACUGUGUGCAAAAUCGUUACCAUGCUGGAUGAUAAGAAACGGCCAUACAGCCAUGACUGGAAUCAUGGGAUAUCUUUGCGGCGUGGCUGUGACGAGAUUGCCCUCUGCUGGACACAUAAGGAAUGAAUAUCCUCCUCACACGGCAUUCUUUUCCUCUAGACCGCCUGACUGCUUGGUUGUCUGCUGUCUGCCAAGAAGACUCCCAGAUGCCAGUAAACAUUUUAUUAUCUUCUCCUCACAUGUCCUUUGACAACUGCCAACAACGUUUUGUAGUAUCUUGUAACUACAGAAAGCCUCAAGCUUAAAAUCAGCUGGUCUGAUUGUUAGCCCUAAAGUGACUGUAUCUGUAUAUGCAAACACUGACUUAUUGUAGAAAUAGUCUCAUAUACUAACAUUUACAGUACGUGCCCUUAUUUUCUCUUUGAAGGCAAAGGAAUUACAGCUCGAGGAAUAAUACUUUGUGUACAUUGACUGGAAUGAUCCCUUUUAAGUGGCCGCCAGUUUUAAAAAGCUAUAAACAUCCUCUGUUAAAUCUGUAAACGGUCAUAUUAUGUAUUGAAAAUCCACCUCUGUGUUCAUUUCUUUUGUAUUUAUUUUCUUAAUUUGUUUAACAAAAGAGGCAGUCCCCGAUUUACAUUAUGCAUGUAUAGAAUAUAUUGUACAUAGUUUUUGUUUCUUUCUUCGUUGUGUUUAUGUAGCAUGUAGAUCAUAAUGUUCGUAGCUAUACCCGUUCACCUUUUUUCUUUCUUGUUAACCCUCCAGCAGUUUACAAUAGUGGAAGAGGGACUUUGUGCAGCUCUUUGCAGAGCAGUGAAACUUCCUCCCACUGUUAUUACUGAAGAUCAGAUAAUACAUGUUAUAUGAAAGAAAAACUCACUAUGCUGAGUAGGACAAGAGCGUAUAGGACACAAGCAGGUUCAAGACACCUUUAAAAAUGAGAUACUGGAAUUUUCUGAACUCCAAUGCUGACUGGAAUCUGAAGACUGUUUUCCCAAACAGAGACCAAGACAACAUACAGCCCAAUCUUUCACUCGCAGGUGGAGGUUUCAACACAGCUUGAUCUUAGUUUGGGAAAUCUGCCCCUGAAUACUUUGAUGAAGACUUUGAAUAAAAUUACAUACUGAUCAGAAAACAA